CAAAUGAGGAAGCUGUAAUAACUUAUCCUCUUAACACUUGGCCUCGCAUUUUCCUUCACACAAUCUACAAACAGCCAAUCACAAACCUGAUCAUAUCAUAUAGCUUUCCUCUAACAUUUUUUUUUCUCUGAUCUUUAGCCAAGAAGAAAGACAGAGAGGCCUACCCAUCUUCCUUGCAUUGUUGAACAAACAUGGCUGCUGCUGCUGCUAUAGGUGCUGCAGUCUCUUAUCCAUCAUCCAAGUCCUCUUCUCUUCCCUCCAAAACUUCCUUCGUCUCCCCUCAAAGGAUUUUCUUCAACAACAAGAGCACGUUGUGCUACAGAGAGGCGUGUGUUUAUGGGGGAAGAGUGAAGGCUCAGGUGUCAACAGAGGCGCCAGUGAAAGUAGCCAAGGAGUCAAAGAAACAGGAAGAAGGAAUUGUUGUCAACAAAUACAAACCAAAGGACCCUUACACUGGUCGUUGCCUCUUGAACACCAGGAUCACUGGCGAUGACGCUCCCGGUGAGACCUGGCACAUUGUCUUCACCACCGAAGGUGAGGUUCCAUACAGAGAAGGGCAGUCGAUAGGAAUUAUUCCAGAAGGAAUUGACAAGAACGGGAAGCCCCACAAGCUCAGGUUAUACUCUAUCGCCAGCAGUGCCAUUGGUGACUUUGGGGACUCCAAAACCGUUUCUCUCUGUGUCAAGAGAUUAGUUUACACUAACGAAAGCGGAGAGGUUGUUAAGGGAGUCUGCUCCAACUUCUUGUGCGACUUGAAGCCGGGUGAUGAGGCGAAAAUCACUGGACCUGUUGGAAAAGAAAUGCUUAUGCCUAAAGACCCCAAUGCCACUAUCAUCAUGCUUGGAACAGGAACUGGAAUAGCUCCAUUCAGAUCAUUUUUGUGGAAAAUGUUCUUUGAGGAGCACGAGGACUACAAGUUCAAUGGCUUAGCAUGGCUCUUCUUGGGUGUACCCACAAGCAGCUCACUGCUCUACAAGGAGGAGUUUGAGAAGAUGAAGGAGAAGAAUCCGGAGAACUUCAGGCUGGACUUUGCGGUGAGCAGGGAGCAGACAAAUGAGAAGGGAGAGAAAAUGUACAUACAGACAAGAAUGGCAGAGUAUGCAGAAGAGCUGUGGGAGUUGCUGAAGAAAGACAACACCUUUGUUUACAUGUGUGGUCUCAAGGGUAUGGAGAAGGGUAUCGAUGAGAUCAUGGUCUCACUUGCUGCUAAAGAUGGAAUCGAUUGGUUGGAGUACAAGAAGCAAUUGAAGAAGAGUGAGCAGUGGAAUGUGGAAGUCUACUAAGGAAGGAAGGAAGCUUGUGAGGGGUUUAUUAUUAUUAUGUAGAUAAAGGAGCUGAUGCCAUUGUCAAUUCUUCAUCUUUCUUCUUCUUCAUGUGAGGAUUUGCAUCAACAAUUUAAAGAGAGCAUCAUUACCAUCAAACUACUCCUUUUCACUUCCUUUUCAUAUCAUAUUUAUUCCAACAGUAUACUGCAUUUUAUGGAUUACCUCAUAGAUGUUUGCAUGUUCAAUAUCUCUCGCUCCAAAUCGUCAACACACAGC